GUGUACUGGUUCGUUACUCUCUCAAGAACCCAAACACAGCUACUUGGACUCUCAUAAGCUUAUUUAGUAUUUACUUCCUUUUGUGUGCAAGUAUCUUUUCAUUGUGGAUGUGAUCCAGUUUGAGCGUCCGCCCCAUUGCAACUUCCAAGGUAAUUGGAUUCGUGGUUUUAGAUUAAAUGACGUUAUUGUAUUGUAGGUAUCGUUCGUUCGGGACGAAAUUUAUGGUUUGAAUUUGCAAUCACAAAUUCGUGCAUUGCUAGAUUAUAUUUCAAACUUAAAUUAUCUCUUUCAUGGGGAAUAAUUGAGCCUGGAUUGCGGUUUGUUGGUAAUGGGGUUAUUAAGGCUUCUAAGGAGGUGCAAUUACCCAUUCAAGGCUAAAACUAGAAACAGAGGAGGUACUCUUCAACACAUCCAAAAUAGAGGCUUCUCCAAGUCUGAGCCCUUCAAUGAUAAAGAUGCAGUGCUUCCAGUUUUGGUCGUAGGUGCUGGACCUGUCGGUCUUAUUCUCUCUAUUCUUCUGACUAAAUUAGGGAUUAAAUGUGCAGUUUUGGAGAGAAACAUUACAUUUUCAAAACAUCCACAAGCACACUUCAUCAACAAUCGAUCCAUGGAGAUAUUCCGCAAAAUUGAUGGCCUUGCUGAAGAAAUCCAGAGCUCUCAGCCACCUGUGGAUUUAUGGAGGAAGUUUGUAUACUGCACUUCACUCUCUGGCUCCAGUCUUGGAUCGGUGGACCACAUCCAACCUCAAGAUCUUGAGCAUGUCAUCAGCCCUGUCUCCGUUGCACACUUUUCACAGUACAAGCUGCAUUCGUUACUACUUAGGCAGCUUCAGACUCUAGACUUCCAGCUAUGUGCACCUGAAAGCUCAGAAGAAAGUGAACGACCUCAUGAAAGAAGAAUACUGAUGGGUCAUGAGUGUGUGUCUAUUGAUCCAAGCAAUGAGAUUGUUACAGUGACAGCUUCUUCAAUGGGUAUGGGGAAGCGUGUAGAAAAGAAAAUCCAUUGUAACAUCCUUGUCGGGGCAGAUGGUUCUGGAAGCACUGUGAGAAAGCUUGCAGGAAUACAAAUGAGAGGUGAGACAGACUUGCAGAAGCUUGUCAGUGUCCAUUUUUUGAGCAAAGACCUUGGGCAGUAUUUGCUUAAGGAGAAUCCUGGCAUGCUCUUUUUUAUCUUCAAUACUGAAGCCAUUGGAGUUCUGGUUGCUCAUGACCUCAGGCAGGGGGAAUUUGUAUUGCAGAUGCCAUUUUAUCCACCUCAGCAAACAAUUGAGGACUUCAGCUCAAAGGCAUGUGAGAAGUUAAUCAGCAAACUGGUUGGCCAGCAACUUGAUGACAUAAAUGUAAUUGACAUAAGGCCUUGGAUUAUGCAUGCUGAAGUUGCUGAGAAGUUUAUAUCUUCUGGAAACCAAAUAUUUCUUGCCGGUGAUGCUGCCCAUCGAUUUCCUCCUGCUGGUGGAUUUGGAAUGAAUACUGGCAUUCAGGAUGCCCAUAAUCUUGCCUGGAAAAUAGCUGCUGUGAUGAAGGGUAUUGCACCAUCUUCAUUACUAAAUACAUAUGAAAUGGAACGUAGACCGAUUGCUAUAUUCAAUACGGAUUUGAGCCUUAAAAAUUACAAGGCUGCCAUGGCAGUUCCUUCAGCACUUGGUCUUGACCCCACUGUUGCAAACUCAGUACAUAGAUUAAUUAAUACUGGGCUGGGUUUUUUACCACAUGGAUUACGGAAGGGAGCUUUGGAAGGAAUUUUUGCAAUUGGUCGAGCACAGCUAUCAAAAACUAUCCUAAAUGAAAUUAACCCAGUCGGAUCCUCAAGGCUGUCUAAGUUAAGGCAUAUCUUUGAAGAAGGAAAAAGUCUUCAACUCCAGUUCCCCGCUGAAGAUCUUGGUUUCAGAUACCUACAAGGAGCAAUUGUGCAAGAGAGUGAUAAUUUAGAGUCGACUCCACAAUUGUCUACAGGUCGCCGGAGGGAUUACAUUCCUUCAGCACACCCAGGAUCAAGACUGCCCCACAUGUAUGUGAGGGUGAAUAAAAUGAAUGAGAUUGUUUCAACACUAGAUCUUGUGUCAGGAGACGAAGUUGAGUUCCUUCUCAUCAUAGCUCCUGUGAAAGAAUCUUACCAUCUCGCUCGUGCGGCAUUUAAGGCGGCGGAAGAACGCCAAAUUUUGGUCAAAGUCUGUGUUAUCUGGCCUAGUGGUUCUGUUGAGGGACUCAAUGAAGGGAGUAAGGCGGCAUUAUCACCUUGGGAGAAUUAUGUAGAUGCUGUCGAAGUUGAUAGGCCAUCAACUUCAAAUUGGUGGGAGAUGUGUCAAAUGAAGGAAAGUGGAGCUAUUUUAGUUAGACCUGACGAACACAUUGCCUGGCGUACAAGCUCAGGACUUGCUGGGGACCCCAAAGUGGAAAUGCAGAAAGUCUUUUCUCUAGUAUUGGGGAUUAUUUAAAAAAAUAAUGAAUUCAUAGGUGAUUUUCUUUGACCGAUUCUAUCGAUGCACGGUGUAUCUGACGUAAUAAGCACAUUGAACAUUGAUUAAUACGAGUGGAUUUUUUUUCUUUUGGUGU